AUGAGUAACUACGACGUUAUUUGCGUACUGGGAAACCGUGGAUGUGGAAAAUCCCGUGUUUGUCAAUGGAUCAAUUCCCAACAAGGAAAUGGCAACAUCAUUGCUAUUGAGUCUGGCGACCCAUCAGCUUCUUCGUAUGGAUUUGAUUCGAAUCUAAUCAAUCAGCUGGUAUUUGAAUAUCCGUUCGAUGAUGAAAUUUUUAAGAAUACAAUCUUACCUGAUCGAACAAGUGCAGAUCAGCGAAUCUACUGGAUUAUUCUGGAUUGUGAUGUUGACACAAUCCUAAAAAGAACUCCAACGGCAUUGAAACAAGAUGUAUGGUACACCAGGAAAGCUCUGCAUUACUAUCAGCAACGCUAUCGACAGUUGGGUGCUCAUUUCGGAAUACCAUUUCUUGCCAUAACGAAUUCAACUCUCGAAGAGAUUUCACACGAAAUAUUCAGUAUUAUUCACAACGACUCGAAAUUUUAUGAGCAUUACCGUCGAAUUGGCACACAAAUUCUAACGUAUGAUAUCAUCGAAAAACAUGACAUCGAAAAUCAACUCCAUUCAAUCAUUCGUCUUGAUGAAAUACCUGAUUUACCUGAAUAUGCGCAUGAAUUUACCAACAUUGAUCAACGAAAAUUAUACACAAAGUGGUAUGUCAAUAGUCAAUCAUGCGAAACUAAUUCCGAACGAAGUAUUCUGCGCAUCGGAGAAUACGAUUUGCCAAUCACUGGACCGAUAUUCAAACUAGCUACAGAAGGUGAAUCGAAAAAGAUUUAUAAAGAAAUCAGCGGCAAUCCUUUAACGAAAAAUCUAGCUUUUAUCGUCUUGAAAUCGACUAUUUAUUCUCAUUCGAAACAAAUAACGGGAGAAAUCAAUAGUUUAGGAUCCAUCCGUGCAUGUGGCUCGCAAUUAUUCCUAGAAAUGAUGUGGCGAAAUGGUUUAAAACAUGCUUAUCGUUCGAUCAGUGCACACGGUAUUAUAAUUAGUGAUUUUGUCAAGGAAAUUUCUCCUAUGGAAAUCAUUGUAAAACGAUAUUGCGAGGGAACGGAUAAAAAUUCUUAUUAUGGAAUUUUAACCAACGAAAAUAUUGUUUCGCCCAGGAGCAACGGGGAAUAUCGGUCUGGACCCUAUGUUCGAUUUGAUUGGAGAAAUCCAAACCAUAUAUCACCAAGUACAAAACAAGCAUUAAAUGAAAAUAUGUAUUAUUACAUAUAUGAACAGUCGCUCGGCAAAGAAGAAUUUUUCAAGAAAAUACUUGCAGACAAACAAUAUGCUUUACCGGUAAGUUGUAGUCUCGAGAAUUCUCAACAUUUUUCGAUCUGUUUGUGUUAG